UGUUACUAGACACCAGAGGAAGGAGAGACAGCCCUGGAGCCCGUGCACUGGCUGGUUUUUUGUGAUGAAUGGGAGCAGAAACGACUAAUAAAUUUGAUGUGAUUGAAUCAUCACCCCUGAACCUCGACUCCACACCGAGUUUCACUACAAAAUUGGUAACACGGAUGGGGUGCUGAGUGCUGACUUAAUGACCUGACUGACUGAACGGGUGGACGGUGACCUGAGCCUAGCGUAGGAGAACUGCGGGGAAUUACAUGCGUUUGCUGGGGAGGCAACGUGGACGGAUGCCGUAACAGUACCACUACCAGGGAGUCUGCAAGGGAACUACAGACAGUGGUUGCGGUAGGCAGUUUGGAGUCAUACGCAUGGACUGUGUCAUGUUUACUCGUACAGUUUAAAUGUAAAUCAGUAGUUACAUUGUAGAUUAGGUUGCCAGCAGUAAGUGGUCGUGAUAACUGAAGAAACAAAAACAAAAGCCAGCCAGUGCAUUAUCGGUUGAAAAUAUUGGGUAAUCUGCCAGUUAAUUGGACCUAGUUAAUUUAGCCGUGUUGAUUGUAGAAAUAUUUUAGGCUGACCUUGGAUUUUCGCGUGGGGUUUUGUGUACCGCGUUUCUUGUGCUAUGGCUGAGGCGGAGGCUGGCCUGGUUGAGCGCCUUGUUGCAGGCCUGACUGAGGCCAUCAAGUCAAAUCAUAAGCCAACCACACAACGAGCGAUUAAAUUAGCUAGGUUUAAUGGCCGUCCAAGUAGGGCAGGGGAUCCUACCAUUCUUGAGUGGAUUGAUGAGGUUGAUAUAUAUUGUCAACAAUGCCAUAUCCCUGACAAAGAAAAAGCGCAGGUUGUCUAUAAUCACUUAGGGGGGUUGGCCCGGGAUGAGGUUAAGUGUAACCCGUCAGUGAAAGGCGAUUAUAAGGCCUUGAUGAGGCUACUUAACAGACAAUUUGGGGCAGAUGAAACUGUACAAUCGUUGCAAAAGUCACUGUAUGAGCGUCAUCAACUGGAAGAUGAGUCCCUCAUGGACUAUUCACGGUCUCUUAUUAGGCUUUAUGAUCGUAUAAUCGAGGCUGGGAGUGAGGGAGAAAAAGAAGGAUUGAAGGGACUUAAGGAUAAAGUCCUCAUUAAUCAGUUUGUAGCUGGGGCCAAGAACCAAAGCAUGCGCUUAGAGCUACGACGUCUUGAGUUGGCCACACCAGGGCAAAGUUUCAGUGCGCUGCGAGAUGCUGCUUUAGACCUAUUCAGGGAUAUCGAUAGGCCAAAGGUCAAACGAAGCCAGGUACGCCAAGUGGGCGUGGCACCGUUUGAUGAUCCUGAUGAGGAAAAUCAGGGGGGUUUGAAUUGUGCUAAUGAUGUAGUUGAGGUAUCAGUGGAGGGCGUGGCCGUUCGUACUCCUAGUGGGGGGCAGUUUCAAAAAGUGAUGCAACAGCAAACAGAAAUGAUGAAGUGCAUUAGGGAUCAACAGGAACAGAUUCUAAAACAACAAGAACAGCUCACAACCUUGAUGGAACAUGUGAUCAAAGGGUCAGAUCCAAAACCAUUUAAUGUUGGUCAAGGGGGACGGCGCGUGGUGUGUUUCAGAUGCAAGCGCCCUGGGCAUAUCAAGGCUAAUUGUAGAUUCGGUGGUAGUGGCCAAAGUUUGACAGCUAGCAGUAAGUCCUCUGGGGGACAGGGGCAAUCGGAUGGUGUGGGGUCACCAUGUAAUAAAUCCACGGUUAGUGGUGAGUUAAACACAAGUCCUCCAUCACUGUAGGCCAAGUGAUGGAGGGAGUCUCUGAAAUGGCCUCACCUGGGGACAAUGUGCAUUGUGAAA